GCGUUGAACAGCUUUCUUGUGCAUGCCUCACCAUUGAUUCUGGAGGUGCCUUGAAUGAUAAUUGAUCUCUGUACUCGAGUGCAGCUUCGACUUUGAUUUUUUUACGUACUUAACAUUGCUUCUGACCCUGCAAUUGAGUCCAGCGAUGGCUCCAAUUGCAGGUGUCAAUGUCACUGACAUCCAGGAAAAAGCUCGCAAAGAUUUGCUCAACCUCCUUGAGGGUGUUCGAGGAAAGAAGAACCUUGUGCUGGAGAAAGACCUGGCCGGACCUAUUGGUGUCUUUGUCAAAUUUUCGACACUCCAAGACUACGGCGUGGAUCGGGUUUUCUUCCUUGAGAAUGACAAUGUGGAUUCAUCGCAGCGGAAUGUCAUCUUCUUGACUCGGGGUGAACAUACUAAGAGUGUCCAGGCUGUUGCCGAGCAGAUUAAGCGCCUGCAACGAACUACUCAAAUAGAUCACGAUUUUCACAUAUUCUUGCUCCCUAGACGUACUCUUGUUUGCAACCAAGUGCUCGAAGAUGCUGGUGUGCUCGGCGAUGUCUCUACAGCUGAAUUUCCCCUGUAUUUUAUUCCGUUGGAAACCGACCUGCUUUCUCUGGAGUUGCCGGACUCUUUUGGUGAUUUAUACCUGCGCGGUGACCCAACCUGCAUUUUCAUGGCCGCUCGCUCCCUUAUGCUCAUACAGCAGCAACAUGGCCUCUUUCCUAGAAUUUUAGGUAAAGGAGACAAUUCUCGCCGCCUCGCAGAUCUCUUGAUUCGAAUGCGAUCCGAAGUGGCGGCUGGAGAAGACAUAAAAAGCGCAGCCUCUACGGUUGGUCUAACGCCAAGUUCCUCCAUCGAAAGUCUCAUUGUCAUUGAUCGCGAGGUUGACUUUGCGACUCCUCUGCUCACCCAAUUGACAUACGAAGGUCUAUUGGAUGAACUCUACAGUGUCCAGGACAAUCAGGCAGAAGUCGAUACUUCGAUUGUGGGAGCGGCCAAUCCAUCACAGCCGAACCAGGGCUCUUCACGAAGUGCUGCAACCCAGAAGGGAAUGAAACGAAAGAUUCAGCUAGAUUCUUCCGACAAACUGUACUCGCAGCUCCGGGAUUCCAAUUUUGCCAUUGUCGGAAGCUUGCUGAACAGAGUGGCUCGCCGGCUAGAGAGCGACUACGAAAGUCGUCAUGUGGCUAGAACUACCUCGGAGCUUCGAGAGUUUGUGAACAAGCUCCCCGGAUUUCAAGCUGAACAGCAAAGUUUAAAGAUUCAUACUGGAUUAGCCGAGGACAUUAUGAAAUAUACUCGAUCGGACGUCUUUAGCCGCCUUCUGGAGGUCCAACAAAAUAUUGCGGCUGGCGCAGAUCCCUCGACGCAGCACGAAAGUAUCGAAGAAUUGAUAGCCCGUGAUGUUCCUCUGGCUCAUAUUCUUCGACUCCUUUGCCUUGAGUCGUGUAUCUGUGGGGGUGUGAGACCAAAGGAUCUAGAGAACUUUAAGCGCCAAAUACUGCACGGAUACGGCUUUCAGCAUAUUCUGACCCUCGAUACGUUGGAAAAGCUUCAGUUGCUCCAGUCGCGUUCUUCAGCAAAUGCUUUGUUGAUCCCGACCACAGCAAGUGCCGGCUCUGCAGGGUCAAAGACAAACUACAAUUCUCUCAGAAAGAGCCUACGUCUCAUCGUCGACGAGGUCAACGAACAAGAUCCAAACGACAUCUCUUAUGUCUACAGCGGAUAUGCUCCUCUCAGUGUGCGACUUGUGCAAUGUCUUCUGCAAAAGCAGUAUCUUCUUUCCCUUACUAAGGGCGGUUCUACGGCCAGCUCUACCACUGCUCAGGGUGCCUCUCAAGGAUGGCGAGGAUUCGAAGAUGCUUUGAAAAGCAUUAGAGGCGCAACAGUUGAUGAGAUUCAAAGAGGCGAGGAGAAGGCGGUUCGAGCAAGACAAAUCCUUAAUGGGCAAAAUGAGCGCAAGACUGUUGUGGUCUUCUUUUUGGGAGGAAUCAGCUUUGCAGAAAUUGCUGCCCUAAGAUACAUUGCCAAACAGGAAGAAGCCCGGAGACAAAUUAUUAUCUGCACAACAUCAAUUAUUAGUGGUAACCGUAUGAUGGAUGCCGCUACCGAGAGAGCAAGCUUUAAAAAGGUGUAACAUUGGGAAGGUCAAUGACCAGAGAUAUCGCUAGUGGCAUGCAUUUGUUCUUCUCAUUAUUUCCUGUCAUCAUGUUACCUUUAGCGCAGAUAUCACAUGGACGCGGCCGUUCAGCAUAAGCAUUAAUCCACAUUAUACCCAAUGUCAGAUAUUUAAAUUUCAGCUAAAUACUUGGUACAGCAUCCGCAUUUCGAGUUCAUUCGGGACUUUGCUAUUCUAGUUUCCCAUAACAAAGUGAGCGCGUACUCUUGGCUAUUUGUUGGUCGGCUU